GAAACAAACUAUAUUUGUAUGGGAUACAAUAUGUAUAUGCAUGCCCUAAUUGACAAGAAAAGAACAAGAUUGGACUGGCUUUUGUGCAGGGAAGAAGGGGAUUCGGCAAAGAAACGGGUAUAUAGGGAGAGAAAGGGCGGCUGGAUUGCUUGUUAGGUCGAGAAUGGACGUAAUCAAGACGCAGCAAAUAGCUGGCCGCUCGAUCGAGAAGGUGAUAGUUCAUCCUCUGGUGCUUCUGAGCAUCGUCGAUCACUACAACAGAGUCGCCCGCGACACCAAGAAACGGGUCGUCGGAGUCUUGCUCGGCAGUUCAUUCCGAGGCACCGUUGACGUCACCAACAGCUAUGCAGUACCAUUUGAAGAAGAUGACAAGGACCCAAGCAUCUGGUUUCUUGACCACAAUUACCAUGAAUCAAUGUUUUCCAUGUACAGGAGAAUAAAUGCUAAGGAGCAUGUUGUGGGGUGGUAUAGCACUGGCCCAAAGCUACGGGAAAAUGACCUUAAUAUUCAUGGGCUGUUUAACGAUUAUGUUCCCAAUCCUGUCUUGGUCAUAAUUGAUGUCCAGCCUAAGGAGAUGGGAAUUCCAACUAAAGCUUACUAUGCUGUUGAGGAAGUUAAAGAGAAUGCCACUCAAAAGAGCCAGAAGGUAUUUGUGCAUGUACCUUCUGAAAUUGCUGCUCAUGAAGUUGAGGAAAUUGGAGUGGAGCACUUGCUAAGGGAUGUGAAGGAUACAACCAUUAGUACUCUUGCAACAGAGGUGACUGGGAAACUUGCAGCACUGAAGGGGUUGGAUGCACGACUUAAAGAAAUACGUAGUUAUCUUGACCUUGUAAUUAGUGGAAAGCUUCCAUUGAAUCACGAGAUUUUGUGCCAUUUACAGGAUGUGUUCAACCUACUUCCAAAUCUCAAUGUGGCUGAAUUGAUUAAAGCUUUUGCAGUGAAAACAAAUGAUAUGAUGCUGGUUAUUUAUCUUUCGUCCCUCAUUCGAAGUGUAGUUGCUCUCCAUAACUUGAUCAACAAUAAGAUGCUGAACAAAGAACAUGAAAAAGCAGAAGACUCGAAGCCAGUUGCUGUGCCUGCGGGAAGCUAAUUAGCAUUACCUGCGAGGAGAUUUGGACUUGAAGGUUCCUCUUGGAGAUCACAGUUGCGGUGAAUUUGGAAUCUGAAUCCUCCUCCUCCUCCUCCUCAACCUACUUUUGGCUUGUAUUAACAGUUCACAGAUCCUGAGAGACGUAGCCUCGUGAAAAUCACAUCUUAAAAAAAUGUAAUUUUGACGUAGUGUUUCCCUCCUGAUUUGAUAUUUAUUUGUGUUUCAAAAAACUCAAGUGAGGUUUCAUUUUUAGGUCAAA